CCGCCCCCAUCCCCCCUUCCGCUGAGCCCCUCCGAACCGCAGUCCCGCGGGUCUGCAGCCGCCCUGAAGGACGGCUGCGCCGGCCUAUGUGGCCGGGAGUGCUGGUGAUUUAAGGUCCCGAGUACACACCGUCUUCUCCGGGGCUGGGGCCCACGGGGCAGCGAGUGCGUAUAUAUGGACGUGGAGGUGGCGUGUACCUUCUAGUCUUCUUGGUGGCCUUUGGUUGUCACUUGUUCCCAGAGGCCAGCCAUCCCAUGGAACAUCCUGCAUCCAGAAGUGACUUACGAGCAGCUGGGGAAGAUGCCAAGCCAUCCCCAAAAGAAAAAAAAUUCCCAGCGUUUGAAAGCUGCCAAGCGUGGUAGAGGGUUAGGUAGUGGCUCCAAUCCUUUCCAGCAUCUGGAGAAGAGUGCUGUCUUACAGGAGGCUCGUAUAUUCAAUGAAACUCCUAUCAAUCCAAGAAGAUGUUUGCAUAUUCUUACCAAGAUUCUCUACUUACUGAACCAGGGUGAACACUUUGGAACUGUGGAAGCUACAGAAGCCUUCUUUGCAAUGACUCGAUUGUUUCAAUCUAAUGAUCAAACGUUGAGGAGAAUGUGCUACCUUACCAUCAAAGAAAUGGCUACUAUCUCUGAGGAUGUGAUAAUUGUCACAAGCAGUUUGACCAAGGACAUGACUGGAAAGGAAGAUGUGUACCGAGGCCCGGCCAUCAGGGCACUCUGCAGAAUCACAGAUGGAACAAUGUUACAAGCCAUUGAAAGAUACAUGAAGCAGGCCAUUGUGGAUAAAGUCUCCAGUGUAUCCAGUUCAGCACUGGUAUCUUCCUUACAUAUGAUGAAGAUAAGCUAUGAUGUGGUUAAACGCUGGAUAAAUGAAGCCCAAGAAGCUGCAUCAAGUGACAAUAUUAUGGUCCAGUAUCAUGCUUUGGGAGUCCUGUAUCACCUUCGAAAGAAUGAUCGUCUUGCUGUUUCCAAAAUGUUAAAUAAGUUUACUAAAUCUGGUCUCAAGUCACAGUUUGCUUACUGCAUGCUGAUCAGAAUUGCUAGUCGUUUGCUAAAAGAAACUGAGGAUGGCCAUGAAAGCCCUUUCUUUGAUUUCAUUGAAAGCUGCUUGCGAAAUAAACAUGAAAUGGUUAUUUAUGAAGCUGCGUCUGCGAUAAUCCAUCUUCCUAACUGUACUGCAAGAGAGUUGGCACCUGCGGUAUCGGUUCUUCAACUUUUCUGUAGCUCUCCUAAGCCAGCCUUGCGAUAUGCAGCUGUGAGGACCUUGAACAAGGUGGCAAUGAAGCACCCUUCUGCCGUUACUGCCUGCAAUCUGGACUUAGAAAACUUAAUCACAGACACAAACAGAAGUAUCGCUACCCUGGCCAUUACUACACUGCUCAAAACAGGAAGCGAGAGCAGUGUAGACAGGCUCAUGAAGCAGAUAUCUUCUUUUGUGUCUGAAAUUUCAGAUGAGUUCAAGGUGGUGGUUGUACAGGCAAUCAGUGCUCUCUGUCAGAAGUAUCCUCGGAAGCACAGUGUCAUGAUGACUUUCCUCUCCAACAUGCUUCGAGAUGAUGGAGGCUUUGAAUAUAAGCGGGCCAUUGUCGACUGCAUAAUCACCAUUGUGGAAGAAAACCCGGACAGCAAAGAAGCAGGCCUAGCCCACCUUUGUGAGUUUAUUGAGGACUGUGAACACACUGUUUUGGCUACUAAGAUUCUACACUUGUUGGGCAAAGAGGGUCCCAGGACGCCAGUUCCCUCCAAGUACAUCCGCUUCAUUUUUAAUCGGGUUGUCCUAGAGAAUGAGGCCGUCAGAGCUGCUGCUGUGAGUGCUUUGGCUAAAUUUGGGGCUCAGAAUGAGAGUCUUCUCCCAAGCAUCCUUGUACUUUUACAAAGGUGUAUGAUGGAUACUGAUGAUGAAGUACGGGACAGAGCUACCUUCUAUCUGAAUGUGCUACAGCAGAGGCAGAUGGCACUGAAUGCUACAUAUAUUUUCAAUGGUCUGACAGUCUCUGUACCAGGAAUGGAAAAGGCCUUACAUCAGUAUACAUUAGAACCUUCGGAAAAACCCUUUGACCUGAAAUCAGUUCCACUUGCUAUGGCUCCUGUCUUUGAACAGAAAGCAGAAAUCACACUUGCGGCUCCCAAACCUGAAAAGUUAGCUCCUUCCAGGCAAGACAUUUUCCAAGAACAAUUAGCUGCCGUUCCUGAGUUUAUGAACCUAGGACCCUUGUUCAAGUCUUCUGAGCCUGUUCAACUUACUGAAGCAGAAACAGAAUAUUUUGUUCGAUGUAUCAAGCACAUGUUUACCAGUCAUAUUGUAUUUCAGUUUGACUGUACCAAUACCCUCAAUGACCAGCUACUUGAGAAAGUGACAGUGCAGAUGGAACCAUCAGAUUCCUUUGAAGUGCUAUGUUGUAUUCCAGCCCCCAGCCUCACUUAUAAUCAACCAGGAAUAUGUUACACUCUUGUUCGUUUGCCUGAUGAAGACCCUACAGCAG